AUGCGUCCUAUGGACUGUGCAAAGUGCCUGGGGGGCACCCUCAUCCCUCUGGCCGUGUUGGGCACCCUGGCAAACAUUCUACUCUUCUUUCCUGGAGCUGACAGAAUAGAUAACAAUCUAAAUCUAUCUGAAGAGGUCUGGUACUUUGGAGGAAUAUUAGGAUGUGGAAUCUUGAUGAUUUUUCCUUCUGUCUCAUUGUUGAAUCUGAAGAAGAGUGGUUGCUGUGCAUUCCACGGCCAGGAGGAUUGUGGGAAGAGGCUCAAAAUGCUUAGCACCAUCAUGGUUGCUGGGAUUGGCAUUGUAGGAGCCUCAUAUGCAUUUGCCAUUUCAGUGGUUGCUAUUAAUAGGGGGCCCAAAUGUUUUGUGGGAAACAAUACAUGGAAAUAUUCCUUUCAUAAUGGGAACUAUCUCAAAGACAGAGACUUGUGGAGUAGCUGCCUAGAACCUAUCAAUAUUGUGCCCUGGAACCUAAGUCUCUUCUCCAUCCAGCUCAUCAUAAGCAGCAUUCAGAUGUUACUCUGCGGCAUUCAGGUGGUCAAAAGUUUCUUUGAAAUUAUCUGUGAAAAGUGUCGAUGCCAUGAGAUCUGUGGGGGGAAAACAACUACUUAGAGCUGUGAUGAGCCCUUUGGAAUACUCCACCGUUUUGGAUAAAGAGCCAUUAUCUCUGGAAGGUUCCUCAUCCCUGACACAUUGCUCUGGGAGGUCUUAGGACAAG